AUGUAUUCUAUUUUUUUCUUUUAUUUUUGUUUUCCAGACCGUUUUGAUCAUCAUUGUCCUUGGGUUGGAAACUGUGUUGGAAGAAGGAAUUACCGCUACUUUUACCUGUUCAUAUUGUCAUUAUCACUUCUAUGUAUUUACAUAUUUGCAUGUGUAUUGACACAUCUUAUAUUACGCGCACAGAAAGAUAAUUUUUUGACUGUAAUGCAAGAUUCUCCAGCAAGUAUGGUUGAAGCUGUGAUUUGUUUCUUUUCUGUAUGGUCCGUUGUUGGUCUCACAGGCUUCCAUACAUACCUGGCAGCCUCAGAGCAGACCACAAAUGAAGAUAUAAAAGGUUCUUUCUCAUCAAAGAGAGGCCAGGAUAAUUUUAACCCUUAUAGCAGAGGGUCUAUAUUUAAAAAUUGCCUUGUUGUUCUCUGUGGACCAAAUCCUCCAAGUUUAAUUGACAGACGAGGUUAUGUUGUCCCUGAUAGUUCUCAGAUCCAUAGUGACAGUUCAAACAGCUGUGUAAAGGAAAGCAACUCUGUUAAUGUUAAACAUGAAUAUUAUGGUUCUACUACAGUCACAGAACAGAAGACCAAUAACAAAGGUACAAAUACCGCACAAGAUGGAGACUGCACCAAGACAAAUGGUCGCUUGGAUAAUGAGCUGGUAACCAAACAUGACAUGAUCAGCUACCAGUCUCCAGACGGACGAAUCAACAAUCGCUUGCCACCUAUUAAUGCUUUCCUCUCCUCCCGCUUUCCUUCCCCGCACACCCGCCUUUGUUCACUCCCCUCCUGCUUUGCUCUCUCUUCCCCCUCUCUCUCUUCCCCCUCUCUCUCUCCCCCUCUCUCUCCCCCCUCUCUCUCUCUUCCCCCUCUCUCUCUUCCCCUCUCUCUCUUCCCCCUCUCUCUCUCUUCCCCUCUCUCUCUCUCCCCUCUCUCUCUCUUCCCCCUCUCUCUCUUCCCCUCUCUCUCUUUCCCCCUCUCUUUUCCCCUCUUUUUUUCCCCUCUCUUUUCCCCCUCUCUCUCUUCCCUUUCUCUCUCCCUCCUCUCUUUCCCUUCCCUCUCUUUCCCCUUCCCUCUCUUUCCCUUUCCCUCUCUUUCCCUCUCUUUCCCUUUCCCUCUCCCCUCUCUCUCCCCCUCUCUUCCCCUCUCUCGCUCUUUCUCCUCUCUCUUCCCGCUUUCCUCUCUUUUUCUCCUUUUUUUUUUCUCCUUCCUUUAUAGUUGCUAG